UUAUAGAAUUUUGUUUUCUAUUCAUGACGAUAAAGUGAUAAACUAAUGGCUGCUAAUGAGAUUCGUAUACAUAGCGAAGCUAUCAGCAAACAACAACAGCAGCAAGAGCCAUCCACUUCUCAAUCUCAGUCAUCCACUCGUACACGAACGAUCAUUCAGAAUGAUGAAUGUAAUGAACACUCACCAGUUGAAGUUGAAAUUCGACAGAGAGGAAAUCGUGCGGAGCGAACUUCCAGCGAUCGAUCUCGAAGAAUAGUUUGCACAAGGAACGAUGAGGAGGUUUUAAGUGGUAAAUUCGAUUUUGGUGAUCGAGAUGAAAGACCGAUAUAUAAUAUCACUUUACCACUUUUGAAAGAGGAUGAAGGCAAAGAAUGGACAAUUGAGGAGCUGAAAACCUUGCACAGUUGCAUAAAUUCUUAUGGCAUAAAUGAUAAUUGCCUGUUCCAUGCAACAAAAAGUAUCCCAAAUCGUUCGAUGCAUGAUAUACGCGAAAGAAUUUCUGGAAUUCGUGAGUUGACUCGACUAAGGCAUGAAAUGCGAGUUGAAGCACGAAAGACGGAAUGGUUGAAAGGGAUCAUAUUACCUUCUGGAACUAGUGAGAUCCAAGAUUGGUCGAGCGCUGUUCACGUUAUUCAGAAUCGGAAACGACGAGUCAAUGAUUAUACUGAUUCAGCUCUAUUAGAUUAUUUGGCACAUGAAGUGAAAUGUCGACCAGCAUCUGUGGAUACUAGGAAAUACUUCAGGGUGACCGAUUCGGCCUAUGCUCGAGGUGCUAACAGAAGACAAGUUGUUGACUGUGCUGAUUAUUAUCGUUUCUUGCAGGCAUGUCUUUCAGGAACGACAACAUUAAGUUGUAAAGCUUUUGACUCUGCCAUAAUUUUGAAUAUCUUGGAAGAAAUCCAAAAAGAAGUUGAUGAUCCAAAGCACGAGAAAAGGCGACGAUUAUUAGCUGGAAUGUUUCGAGAUAUACAAAGUGGUGAUUUAUCUGAUUACGAUUUUCGAGAUACAGUUGGCAGUGAUGAUAUGUUGUGUGUACAAUUGAAUCCAUUAAGUUUGAUGCGUGAAAUGUUGGAAAUAGGUGAUGAGCAGUGCUAGUGCUGCACCUGUUGUAGUUUGGCUUUUGUAGCCAUAAUUUGAAUAGCU